GUCACGUAGAUAGAUAAAUCCCAACACUUUUGUUGACAGGGCUGGCUUGUAACAGUAUCGCCAACAAGUACUGUGAGGAUUAUGUGUGGCAUCGGAAUAUUGAUAUGCGGCGCAAAUAGUCCCUCAGUUCAGUCCGAUACCGAACUCCUACUGAAACCACUACGUCGAAGAGGUCCUUAUGCUACUCAUACAGACAGUCGACAGCUGACAAACGAGCGAGUGGUCAUAUUUUGUGGUUGUGUAUUACACAUCCGAGGGCAAUUAACCCCCCAGCCUGUUUCAGAUGCCAAUGGAAAAAAUCUCUUCUUGUGGAAUGGCGAGAUCUUUGGAGGAUCAUGCGUGCCGCCGCAAACAGAGAACGAUACGCAAUUCUUGAUGGACGCUAUCGAACGCAGUGGCGAUCUUGUGGGUACUUUGAAGCAUGUGGAAGGUCCUUUCAGCUUUGUUUAUUGGGAUGAUGCUAAGCAGAAACUUUGGAUUGGCAGAGACUGCUUUGGAAGAAGGAGUCUCAUAGCACGCUUAUGUAUUGAUGGGAGAGGUAAAACGACUCUCCAGUUAACAUCAGUCACGGACGAAAUCUCUCCGGUUGAAGACGCAAGCGAGGAAUCCAAUACCGAUAUCAAGAAGGCACGCGCACACACAUACGCUCCAAACGUAAUUCAAAAUAGCGGUACUACAGGGAACACUCUGAAACUCACAUCCGAGUGGUCAGAGAUUCCCGCGGACGGUGUUUAUUGUCUGGACACGAAGAAAUCAGAUUUUUUGUUCGAAGGUACAUCCUGGAAAUCGAUGGGUGUGGCGCCAGCAUCCGACUAUAAUAUGACACUUCCGACCGCAGAAGACCUUAUUCCAGUUGACACUCCACAUGAUCAAUUGAUGUCUAAUUGGAACACACAGGUAGCUCAAGAGACGCCAAGGUUUAUCGAGUAUAUGUCUGAAGCGGUGCGUAGGAGAGUAGUAUCCGUUCCUGACGAUGAACCGAACAUCAUGAUCCUCUUUAGUGGGGGUGUAGACUCGAUGUUGAUGGCAUACUUGGCCGACAGGCAUAUACCCAAAAGUCGUUUCAUCGACUUGGUGAAUGUCGCUUUCGAGAACCCGAGAACUAAUACAGUAAAUAAUAAAAAAGGGCUUUACGAUGUUCCCGAUCGGUUAACGGGCCGACAAGGUUAUCAAGAGUUGGUUGCAGCUUGUCCUGAUCGCAACUGGCAAUUUGUGGAGGUGGAUGUACCAAUUGAGACGUUAGAAAGUUCGCAACCGCAUAUCAAGGGCCUGUUGCACCCCUUACAGACUGUCAUCGACACCAGUAUUGGUAGUGCGAUGUGGCACGCAACCAAGGCAAACGGGAGGUCAAAGCAGCAGCCUUACACGCCAUCCUCACGUGUGGUGUUGGUAGGCGUAGGCGCGGAUGAGCAGCUGGGGGGCUACAGUAGACACCGAACACGUUUCGAGGUAGACCCAGCCAUCCAGAGGAUACCGAAAGUACAGAAGCCUAGCUCAAAGAAUGCCAUGAAAAGAAAACUCGACAAUACCGAUCAGUCGUCUCCAUCUGCUACAAAUCCCAGCAGCACUGUGGACACCGAUAAGUCUCUCGAAGAUAUAUGUCAGGAUGAAAAUAAAGUACAACCUAAAUCACGUGAGACGAUAUCUGCGAGUGCUGGAUGGCAACGUAUGCUUUUAGAGAUGAGGAUGGAUGUGGAUCGCAUUUGGACUCGGAAUUUGGGACGAGAUGAUCGCAUCAUCUCCGAUCAUGGGAGGGAGGCUCGCUUCCCCUUUCUAGACGAACAGCUGGUGUCGUAUCUCGCUAAGCUUCCUAUCUGGAUCAAAACAGACCCUCGCUUUCCUCGAGGCCAAGGCGAGAAGAUAUUGUUGCGCAUGGCACUGAAACAAUUAGGGAUGGAUGUGUCUGCCACUGAACCUAAACGUGCCAUACAAUUCGGCACCCGAGUAGCUCGGAAUAAAGAAGGGCAACGAAGGGAAAAAGGCUCUGACAUAAUCAAAUAAAUUAUCCUAAUCUACCUGGUGUGUGCAAUUAAAGCCUCCGC